AUGGAUAAGGCAGUCAGGAAGCCGUUUGGUUAUUUGUUUGGAAAAGGGAAUGAAGGAGGCACUGGUGGGGCUGCGCUUCGCUGGUACUAUCGGCAGUACUUCCUGGUCACCGGCUUGUACAUGCUUGAGCCCUGGGAGCGGGCUCUGUUUAGCUGCUCACUGUUGGCUCUUUGUGCUGCUUCAAUGAGUGAAAGCGGCAAGGUGGAAGUGCUGCUGAAGGCAGUCGGCGACGCCCCAAUCAUGAAGCAGACGAAGUGGACGGUGGAUGAAAAUAAAACGGUCGCCGAAUUAACGAUCUUCUUGCGCGCAUACUUGAAGCUGAGCAAUGCGGACUCGUUGCUGCUUUAUGUAAACCAAUGUUUCGCGCCAUGGCCCGACCAGACAGUGCGCAAUCUGAAGGAGUGCUUUGCACAUGGCGACUCGAAACUUAUCAUCAACUAUAGCAAAACGCAAGCCUGGGGCUGA